AUGCCCAAGGCCCGGCGGGCGCGGGGCUCCGGCGCGGCCCCGGCGCUGCCCUUGGCCGAGCAGAUCCUGCAGGACGCGGCCCCGCGGGCGCGGGUGCGGGAGAAGCGCGGGGCGGAGGAGCAGGGCGGGGAUGGCGGCGGGGACGGCUUCGUGGACGCGCGGCUGUCCCGGCGCAUCCUGGAGCAGGCGCGGCGGCAGCAGGAGGAGCUGGAGGCCGAGCACGGCCCCGGAGCGCCCGCAGCCCCCCGGCAGCGCAGCGCGGUUCUCGGUCCCGGCUCGGACUCGGAGGAUGAUGAGGAAUGGCCCUCGCUGGAGAAGGCGGCGGCGGCGGCGGCCGCGGGACGGAGCGGGGACUACGGCGGGGAGGUGGAGGUGGACCCCGAGGACGAGAAAGCCAUCGAGAUGUUCAUGAACAAGAACCCGCCGCUGAGGCGCACGCUGGCCGAUAUCAUCAUGGAGAAGAUCACGGAGAAGCAGACGGAGGUGGAGACGGCGCUGUCGGAGCUCUCGGGCUGCCCCAUGCCCCAGCUCGACCCCCGCGUCCUGGAGGUCUACAGGGGUGUCAGGGAGGUGCUGUCCAAGUACAGGAGUGGGAAGCUCCCCAAGGCGUUUAAAAUCAUCCCUGCCUUGUCCAACUGGGAGCAGAUCCUCUACAUCACUGAGCCAGAGACGUGGACAGCUGCUGCCAUGUACCAGGCCACCAGGAUAUUUUCCUCCAACCUGAAGGAGAGGAUGGCCCAGAGGUUCUACAACCUGGUGCUGCUGCCGCGGAUCCGGGACGACAUCGCCGAGUACAAGCGGCUCAACUUCCACCUGUACAUGGCUCUGAAGAAGGCUCUGUUCAAGCCAGCGGCCUGGUUCAAGGGGAUCCUCAUCCCGCUCUGUGAGUCCGGCACCUGCACGCUCAGGGAGGCCAUCAUCAUCGGCAGCAUCCUCACCAAGUGCUCCAUCCCUGUCCUGCACUCCAGCGCGGCGCUGCUGAAGCUGGCCGAGAUGCAGUACAGCGGUGCCAACAGCAUCUUCCUGCGCCUGCUCAUCGACAAGAAGUACGCGCUGCCCUUCCGUGUGCUCGACGCCCUGGUCUUCCACUUCCUGGCCUUCCGCACGGACCAGCGGCUCCUGCCCGUGCUGUGGCACCAGAGCUUGCUGGCCUUGGCCCAGCGCUACAAGGAGGACCUGUCCUCGGAGCAGAAGGAGGCCCUGCUGGAGCUGCUCAAGUUCCACAGCCACCCCCAGAUCUCGCCCGAGAUCCGCCGGGAGCUGAUGAACUCCAAGACGAGGGACGUGGAAGGGGAGCAGCCGGUGGCCAUGGAAUGAGCAGGGAAGGGCUGGAGCCUGGCCUGGGCCUGGCAUGCUGCUGGAUGGAGCCUGGAGCAGGAGCGUCCCUCCUGGAUCCCGCUGCUCCGAGCGGUCACUGGGAACAGGCUGUGCCCACAGAGCUGCACUGAGCGCUCUGUGCUGCUGUCACGGGCCAGGGCAGCCCCUGUGCCAGCCAGGAGCCCGGUGCCACCAGCACUGGGAUGCUUUGGCUUUGUUCCUGUACUCGGAAAUAAAACCAGAGCCGUGUCAGUCAGGGCUGGCUCUGCCCGGCGUGGUCCCA